AUGUCGCGCCAAAGGAGUGACCUUGUCUUCGGCUUCCUUGCUAACGAAGUGGAGCUCAUGGAACGAGCGAAAGCUCACGGCUUCGUCGCCGACCUUUCACUUGACGCUAUUGAACGGUAUAAAGCCAGAAAAUAUACCGACGCAGAGAUCGCGCAAUGCCAGUGGUUCAGACGAGCUGGGGCCAUGCUCACUUACGUCAAGCGGGAGAUCUCCCCAAGAGUCGCAAUUCCUGACCUUGAGCUUCGGGGAGUUUGGGUUGGCGACGACUUGUGUAUCCACUGUUUCUCAUUGCCGCUCAGAUAUGCAAGCAAGCGCUAUCGUACCCCGGAGAUAGUGGCACAGAUUAAGCUACUCGCGAAGCUCAUCGAGACCGAGUUCCCGCCAUCGUUAUAUCGUGCUGUCUCGGCGGAAGUCCCGAAUGACUUGAAGGGACAGAAGCUUCCCCCAGCGCUGGCCAACUAUCGCAUCGAGGAUUUGCCGUUCUAG